AUGGGACGUCAGGUACGAGCAGACGAUGUGGUUCGUAGUACAGAUACUACCGAAGAAAUUCAAGUCGAGACAUCCGACAUCUCAAAUAAAUUUAAAUUUUUUGAGACAUAUAAAGAACCGGAGAAAGAAAGAAAGCAGUUCAGAAUAACGCCACCACGUGAUGGACAAGUUAAGGUUUGUGUGCGUAUGUGUGAUGGGAUAAUUAAGAUUUUGUUUUAA